AUGGAAAAAGCAAAACUAGUAGUGCCAGUAAGAAAGUUGGAGAAUUCUGCAUCAAACCAGUUACAUGGCUAUGAUCCUGAGAAGUUAGAAAAAAUUAAAGUUAAAGACGAUGUUAACCGUUUAAAUCAUGUGAAGGAGCUAAUUAAUAUUGAUAAUGACUUGAAGAAUUUAGUUAAGAAAGUUAAAAUACGUAGGUACAUUGGUCUGAUGUAUCAGAUCACCAUUUUGAAGAUUUACCUGAGCAGACAUCUAGCCAAAUUGAGAAAUGCAAAAAAAGUUAAUAUUUUAAAUAGUCAUAUAGUUCAACAUCACUCAUAUAAGAAAAUUGAUUUCAACGCUUCUUUAGCUCAGAACCAGAAUUUACCAUCCAAAUCACCAAAUAGAAUGGGUUUGAAGAUGCUUCCAAGAACAUCAAAAAAUCAACAUUUUCACAAAGGGGGAGUAUUUCUUUGA